AAAUGAAGAACACUUUAUUAUUUUUUAUACUGUAGAAAAGUUUAUAAGACUUUAUGAGACUAUGACGUAGUGUGCUUGCCUAUUCGGCGAAUCUCGUGUAGACUUGACAGGCGAAGUCUUGCUUUGUUUCCGCCAAGUGGGUCACGUUUUAGUCUACAUCAACACAGGCCGAAAAUGUCAUGAUAAACACGUCCAGCAACAAAGACAAAGUACUUUUUCUGCCCGGCCCGCUAUUCAACUACCAGCAACAGAAGGAAGCAUUGUCAACCAUGAACGGGAUUGAUCCCAUCAAGUUAAACGAGGUCUUGCAACAGAUAGCCAGAAAGCAGAGGCAAAACUCCAGCAGCAGCGAAUCUGAGGGGGCUGUACUCGAACGCGAGGUGGAUCGAAGAUCUUCACUGGAGGGUGAUCCCCAGGGUCCCUAUCAAGGACAGAUGCAUUGGAGCAGUGAUGGAUUAAAGAUGCUGAAAAUUGUUCAAAACCAAGAAUCUCAAAGAGCAGACUCACAGUCAAACAGACAGUCAUUGGAGGAGAGGGGUGGGGCUUCCGUCCUGUCCUCCCACAAAUCUAGUCGUAUUCAAUCACCUGAAGCUUCCAUCAGAUCUCCAACCUUCAAUGAGGCCAUGACCGUCAAAUCUUCCAUUCACAACCAAAACCAUUCACCUUCCACCACUUCAUAUUCUGGUGCAAUUGCACCUAAAAAGAACAACCGAUUAAAUGCCGAAAGUAGAUUUUUACCAGAGACUCAUUCAGAUCGCAUACCAAGCUCGACUUACACCCCAAACUCCAAUCACAGGUCAAGGACACCUUCAUCGGAUCAAGAAAGGGGGACUAUAGUGUCACCUUCACAGGCCUUGGACCAGCCACUGUAUAUCCAGACAGACACAAGGGACCAGAAACCCCCCACAAUAUCAGAGAUGGAAGGAAUGGUGUCUACCACAGGAGAGAGUUUGCCCCCUGGAGAAAGGAAACCAGACCGGGGGCCACCAGUUAACAGAGAACCAGAGAGAGCCAUGCAGGUCAACAGUCCUUCCUCAACUUCUGGUCUACCAAAAUCCAAUGGGGCCACAAAUAAUAACUGGAACCUGAAAUGCUUAGUAUGCGGGGACAGGUCUUCGGGGAUCCAUUAUGGAGUGCUGGCGUGUGAAGGGUGCAAGGGUUUCUUCAGAAGAGCUCUGCAGGAUAUCGGAGACCCAGCCCGCAAAAGGUGCUAUUACAACAAAAGCUGUGACAUCACAAUCUUGACUCGCAAUCGAUGUCAGUACUGCCGCCUACAAAAAUGCCUGGCUCUAGGCAUGUCUCGAUCAGCUGCAAAACUUGGUCGAAGAUCUCGCAAGAUGAGAGAGAUGAUAAAAACUAUGGAGGAUUCACAAACCGAACAGGCAUUGCACGGUCUGCUGAGUUUGAACUCAGAGGCAGAACGUCGCAUUGCUGCCACAGCAGAGGCAGCCGUCAAAGCUGCCGAGAUUGUACCAGAGAAUCUCCACAAAGAUGCAGCACCACAGGCUUCUAUGGCUGCCCUGUCCAUGCUACUCAAACAGAGAGCCCAAAGUCAACAUUCACCAGACCAAAACCGAAAUUCUGUUGAAACAAACUGUUCAACAGAAGACAGCAAUGACAGUCUGCCAAGGGUCCAUGUCAAACAGGAAAACCAUGAUGAGGAAUAUGUCUCCAGACCCACAUCCAUCCAUGAAAUUAACAAUAUUCCUGCCCACUCACAAAAUGGUGACCCUGCUGUGCGUAACUCAAUAGUCAGUUCUCUGCUGACUCUGCCCCAGCAUGUUGCAUUUAGAUAUCCACAUCCUCAACUUCUGUUACCAGGAACAGACGACAAGACAAGUCUGGAGGAAGCAUAUCCUCAGUUUGUUCAGAAUCUGAUCAAUCACCACAAUGAGAUAGCCAGCCAUGAAAAUUUUCUGACUCAGCAGCAGUCAGUUAUUGUAGAAAAUAUGACCCUUGACCUGCGUAAACACAACCGAGGGGAUGGACCAGAGGAAAAAUUCCAUCGAAGCCCUAUCAAAAAGCGACCCUACAAUCCCAAUGCAAGUUCGGAUAUUUAUCCAGAACCAGCCAAGUAUGCACGCACUGAAACAAUCUCAGAGAGAUCAGACUCUCCAGAGUCCCCCCAGAAAUUAGUCAUCAAUAUGGGACAGGAUUACAGCAUGAAACAGUCCUCCCCACCCCCUAGAUCCCACCCCCCUCACCGUGAGAGGGGCCUGGAUCACACUGCGGUUGUGGCACCCUUUGUUAAACCCAACAUUUACAUUCAUCGAGAGGAAGACACAAAACUGACAAUUCCACUAUUGACGUUCAAAAUCCACGAAGCAUUUAACCAGACUUUUACAUUCCUAAAACUACAGUUAAACCAUAUGGAGGAGAUUCUGGCACUCCACAAAGAUAGAGUGGCCCGUAUCGAUCAACUGGCUAUCAGCAACCCACAUACACUGAAGAGCAUCCUGUUCCCAGAACUACAUGCUCAAUUAAGAAAUCCAGAUGGCACAGUUUUUGAGGCGGGAGAGGUUUGCUGGGAAGGAUUCCAAAGUCUUCUAAACAAAACCAUCCAGGACACAGUGACCUUUGCCAAGAAAAUUCCUGGAUUCCCUCACCUUGAUCAAGACGACCAUAUUAGUCUUAUCAAGGGUGGCUGUUUUGAGGUUGCAUGUGUGAUACACUCCAAAUUCAUUGACUCUGAAACAAAUACCAUGUUUGUGGCUGGCAAGAAUAUCCUAGUCUGUCGUGAGGACAUGAAGAGGGGAUUCCCCCUUGGUGAGCACUUUGUGGAGCUAUUCUUCAACCUUUGUGCACGAUUCAAUGCCUACAAGCUGGGUGAUGCAGAGAAAGCCCUAUUCAGUGCUUUAGUGCUCAUUUCACCAGAUCGUCAGGGUCUGAAGAACAGAGAAAAAGUAAGCAAGCUUCAGGAACUACUCAUCCAGGCUCUGCAAACACAGAUCACUGCAAGUCACCCUACAGAGGUGGGACUGUUUCCUCGACUUCUGAUGAGUAUCUCGAGUCUGCGUGAACUUGGUGUCGAGCACCGUCGCAUGUUGGAAAGCCUCAAGAACCAGAUGAGCUUCCGUCAUGAUCUGUACGCUGAAACCUUUGAUCUCUGCUGAUAUGGAGGAUCCAGGAUAUUUCCAUGAAAAAAAAAAACUGAUUAGGGAUCUAGAAAUUCACAAAUCCUACCAUUAUUUGUGAUAUUUAAUUGGUAAAUUUGUCAACAACUGUAUUGUUACAUUUUGAUGGUGUUUUACUUCAGACAAGUUGUCCACAAAAUCACGGACUGAUCCAUGAGAGACGUAAAUUUAUGUAAAGUUAGUACCAUGUAAUUAGAACACUGGUCAAGAUUUUUAUGAAUUGUUCAAGUGAUUUCAUUUGGUACUCCUAUCACGGGAUUUGUGAUACAUUGUUGUUAACUUAUCACUUAUUUAUUAGCUGUCUCCAAUAAGUUAUUGAAUUAUUUAUUUAUUUUUUGUGACUCGAUCAAGAAGAAGGUAGAUUGGUCAUAGUUCAUAGUGAACUGAUUUGACACUGAUGAGGUUAGGUAUUUAUUUAUUUUGUGUUGUUAUGCCACAUUGUUAUAGAUUGUUUUUCUUCUUUUGUCUGUGUGUAAGAAUGCUAUUUAUUUAUGAUUUUUUUUUCAUCUGAAAAUUGUGAAUUUGAGUUUCACUGAUUAUUUAUUUUACAUGACUCUUUCUGAGAAAAAAACAUAACUGAGUAUUAUUUGUCAUAUCCUUUUUAUGCCCCCAUAUCGAAGAUUCGGGGGUAUAUAGUUUUUGCCCUGUUUUUUUUUUGUUUGUUUUUCGGGUUUUUUUUUUUCUUUUUAAAGAAAUGUCUGAAAAUGAUGUAGUGGUGCAGCAAAUGUCAUCUUGUUGCUAUUUUUACAAAGGUGCUAUACUGUGAGAAGUUUUUUGAAAUAUGUUGAGGCACUAAAGCUUCAAAGAGAUGUUCAUUAAGAAAAAAAUGGCAUUUACAAGUAUGCUUUGUAUAAUGCUAUAUAUGAAUCUUACAUGGUGUUAUAGAUUUUAUUGAUUAGAAUUUGUAAACUAGCAUGACAGAAUCUUGCAGAAGGUUAUCUGUAAUAUUUCAUGUUGUAAUUUUGUAAAACGGAGAAAAAGCAGAAAUGGCCUUCUUUAUGGCUAUAAUCCUUGCCAUUUAUUAACAUUUGAUGGUGUAUCCCACAAUUUUAUAUAUCGGUAAUCCCCCAUGAUUCAUUAGUGUAAUCAUUGAUUUAUUUAUUUAUUCCUCUUUUUUCAGCCACAUUCAGCAACAUUUUUACAUUCCAACACAAAGCUAGCUAUAAAUCAUGAUACAAUAUUUUCCAACAUAUUAUACUCUGUGUAAGGUUCAGCUCCUAUUUCCACCCAGGUCAUAGAUUCUGUUUACAUAGGAAAUGAUUCCCAAUGACAUUUGUUCUAUUUUCAUCUAGCAGUAACUUACACAUGGAAUACCUACAUAUCAUCUGCACUGUAAUACAGUUGAACUUAGUUAUCUCGAACACCUAUAUCUUGUUUACCAGGAAUAUGUCUAAGUGAUUUAGCAGUCCAAACCACUUUUUCUUGAUUUUUUAACCUCGUUAUCUUGAAUCCUCAGAUAUCUUGGAAGUUUAAUCAGGAUCCCAUGGGUUUGAGAUAACGAGGUUUGAAUGUAUGUAAUUUUUUCCAGACAUUUGCAAAGGAAGGAACCCAUUGGUAAAAAUAUCUGCAUGCAUUUCAGAAAUUGCUUGUUAACUAUUUCUUGCAAAAGGCAUAUUCUGACAGUGAAUGAGGUUACCUACUUUGAAAAUUGUUUUACUGUAAAUUCAAAAUUGUGCAGUGAAUAGGUUGUAUUCUUGCAAUUGGCUUUUUCAUAAGUAUUUCAUUUUUUUUAUUUAUCAUAAAAUCUUACAUGUGAUUAUAAAAAUGCUCUUUAAUUGGAACAAAUUGCAAAAGAAAAGCUUUUCAUAUUAAAUCUGAUUUUUACUAAUAUUAUGCAAGGAAUUGUGAUAGAGGAUUUUGAACUAUUUUAUAAAGAUACCAUAUGCUGUAUCAUAAUGCUACUAAUAUAAUUUGUUUGUUUAAUUGUGAAUGCUGAAAUAUGAGUGUUUAUUGAAAGUACCAAUUUGUACUACAUAUGUGAGUACAUGUAAUUACCCUAAUUAUUUUUUUUUUUGCAUGUUCAGUUUUUCUAAAAAUAGAAAAAGAAAAACUGCAUGCAGAAAAUGUUCUAUUCUAACAUCAAUUUAUGCAUGUGUGUAUAGAUUUUCUGUACAAAGGCUGAGUUGUGGAUAUUGCUUUUAUACAUAGCAGAAAAAACCGAAAUGGUGCUUCAUGUUAAUAUUGCAGCAUUCUAAACAUGUUACGAUAAAGGUUCCAUUAUGUCUUAUUGACAUGUCAACAAAUUAUUUUUGUUUCUUUACUCCAUAUAUGUAUUAACCAAUCGCUAGGUCAGAUAUCUUUUUGGUUGUCCGAAAUGCCUCCUUUAGUUCGCAUCAAAUGCAAAUUGUUUGUCUCACUUAUGCAAAGUAACAUCUUUUUCAUUCUGCUUUGGUCCACCCCUGCUUUGAUCCAUCCCUAUAAUGGUUGCAAUAUCAAUGUUCCAGAUUUUAAAACGUUUACAAAGGACGGUUAAAUUUGUAUGCCAGAAUACACGAUCACAACAUAUAAAACUUGAAAAGUUUUGAUAUUUUUAGCCUCUUUUUGUCUUUCACACUUGCAAUAGAUAAUCUCUCAAUUAUUAGUUGUAUUAAUUCUGAAGUGUAAAUUGAUCUUCACUUUAGUGUUGUAGCAAUUGACCUGUAAUUUAGUGUUGUCGAGUAUGACCCAAGUUUUGGGAAGCUAGCUUCAGCAAAUUUCCACAAAACUUCAGAGACAGUUUGAAUAGAGUAGGGUAAAGUUUUUUCCAAUUUUUGACCAUUAGUUGUAUGAGUUUGUAUAUGUCUUGCACAUCCAAAACUGUUGAUCUGAAAUUCACUGUGUCUCUUUCCAUGUUUUCUCGAAAGGAAAUCGUGUACCAGAUCAGAUAGUCACCUGAAAUAUAAUCUGCGCAGUAUGUUGACAAAAAAAGCUAAUAUUUUAUAAGAUUGAUUACUACAAAACAUACUUGUAAAGAUAUGUGUAUCACACUUUGUGUGUGUGUGUGUGAAUUAUGCUAGUAAUUUUAACUAAUUAGUGCUAUAUUAUUUAAUUUUUGUUUGAUAAUUAGAUUUAUUUUUAAUGAAUCUGUUGAAACCAUUACCAGCAUGUUACGAUGUUUGUUACUAUUUAUAAUAUUACAUGUGUUUUGAGUGAUUGUGAUGUUGGCCCUUUGUAUCUUGCAUAUUGUAUUAUAGUGUAUGUUUGUGUACCAGAGUGAAGAGAGGUUUGUUUCAAAGUGAAUAGUGAAAAUUUCAUCAUCUGUUCUACCUUAAGAAACAAUUGUAUCCAACAUUCUAGUGCUGAGAUUUUAUAUAUAUAUAUAAAAAAUAUCUUAUAUGGGGAAGAAAAAUGGGAUAAAUAGUGGGAUGGAUGUAAUUUUUCUCAUAAAAUUUUUUAACUGCAGUUUCAAAAAAUUGUAGAAUUCAUCCCCCCCCCCCAUGUACAUCAAUCACAUGUCAUUUAAAAUCCUUUCUGCUUCACACUGUCAAACAGUGAUGUCUGCUGUCAUAUCCUGCACAUUGUCUUAAUCGCUUACCGUCAAAGACUGGAAACUUCCAUUUUUGCAGUUUCAAACUUGUCUUGCGUCUACAAGGUUCAAAUUGGUGCUGGUAUUUAUUUUUUGUGUUUUUAAUAACUUAGUGUUUUUGUCAUGCUUUCCUUGUUCAGCAAAUUAGUUUUCUGUGUCUCCUGCACAUUGAAAAACCAAUGUUGGUGAUGACUUUUUUUUUUGCUUUUUUUUUCAUUAGAUUUAGAGAGUUUGGAGUGCUACUGAAUGUUGUCAUGUUUUUCAUCUAUUUAAUUCCAUUUCUAUUUUUAUACAUUGAGGUAUAAAUGCAAAACCAUUGUUUUGGUCAUGUCAGUGAGGAUUUUUUUUUUCUCUUUUCUCUGCCUGAAAAAAAAAUUUGAUUUAUGCCACACACAGGAAAUUAUAAUUAAAAGUGGAUAUUGUAUUGAUAAUCAGUUAACCAAGUUUGUUAUCAACCAAGAGCACUAAUUAACAGCAUUAAAUUUAUGGAGUAACUAACAUUUAUUUAGCUGAAAAAUAAUUGGAUGACUUGAUGUGAACAUAUUUGAUGCACAUGAAAGAGAAAUCAUUUGAUAUAGUUAAUGCAACAGUUGUGUUUAAAAUUCUUAAAAUUCCUGAUUAGCUCAAAGUUAACACCAUUACAUGUAUUAGGUUAAUUAAAUCAUAUUUGUAAGAAUUUUAAAAUUUUCUACAUUGUAUUUAAAAAUUGACAAUCUCUAGAUGUUAUUUGUAUGUUGUUGAAUGAAAUAACAAUUUUAUAACAUUUCUGUAUUUUUCUCUCUCUCUCUCUCUCUGUCUAAUUUUGAAGGAGACAAGAAAUGGGGCAUCCUUAUUUCAACUGGAAAAGUACUGUUAUUAUUACAAAUCUUCAUGUCUUAAAUUUAUUGUGUAGAAAAUGAAACCAAAUUUUAAUAGCCCUGUGACUUUGAUGGCUCAUUUUUUAUGAAGUUAAUGAAAGUAAAACUGUUGUACUUGAAAACUUACAUUCAUUACUUUCUGAAAAUCAGAAGUGUUUGGUAAUCUAGUUAUUUUUUAAAAAGAGAUUGUAUUAUAUAGCAUUAGAAAUGACUGAAUCUCAUUCUGUGUCCCUGGCAUAAAUUAUAAGCAUAGACAAAUAAAAUUUGGCUCAUACAA